ACAUUUUAAGGGACUGUUUCACAACGUCGAACAGCCCGGACCGAAUGUUCGCUGCUUUGUUUGACAGCGAUCGGAAUGUUUCCCUCGAAAACAUAAAUAAAUGGCCACCGUUGUUAUUACGUUCUUCCUAUUUGUUCGAUUCUAUGUUUGUAAAAUGGACGCCGACUGUAUUGAACACCAAAGGGAUCAACUUUUGUCCCGAAGAGAAAAACGGUGGAGUAUGAAUUCCCAAAGACUGGAAGAAAUAGUGGCGGAGCUGAUGAAGCCCAUCAGCGACGUCCGCCGGAGCUUCGACACGGACCUCAGCGCGUUGCUGGAGGAGUACCUGACGGAGGCGGGGCUGCGCGCGCUGGACGCGGGCGAGGACGCCAGCGCCGCGGACGCCGUGGCGCCCAACUUCGCGGAGCUGGCGCUGCUGCUGCAGCAGUCCGCCAACAUCUACGGGCGCAAGGUGGACUUCCUGUACCAGCACGUGCUGGACGUGAGCGAGGCGCUGCAGGCCAGCGCCGCCGAGGCGCGCGCGGCUGACGCGGCCGAGGCCGAGGCGGGCGCGGCUGACUCGGGCCCGCGCCGCCGUCGCCGCCCCAGCUCGUGGCUGAGCGGCGAGCUGCAGCACAUCGAGCUGACGAUGAGCGCCACGGCGCGGCGCGACGCGGCGCCGGCGCGGCCGCCGCCCACGCUGCCGCGCCUCUACAUCGACCUGGAGCCGCGCGUCAUCACGGACGCCGACGCGCCGCUGCACGACUACGACGGCGAGCCCAUCGGCCUGCUCAGCGACUUCCAAGUCGCGUGGCGCCUGCACAGGGGGCUGCUGGUGGACGAGCUGGAGCACGGCGCCGAGCAGCCGCGCGCGCUGCGCCCCAUCUCGCUGCUGCAGCUGCAGGCCGCGCUCGACGCCGCCGCGCCCGCCGCGCCCGCCGCGCCCGACGCGCCCGACGCGCCCGACGCGCCCGGCCCGCCGCAGCGCGCCAGCACGCCGCUGCCACCCAUAGCCGCGCUCGACUGCACUGCCGACUGCUCCGCUGACUGCGCAGCCGACUCCGCGGCCGACUCUGCCAUCGCUGACGUGUCCGGCUCGCUGGUCGACCUGACGCCGCAGCACCCGCCCAGGAGAGGGAAGAAGAGGCGAAGCGAAGCCCACAUCGAUGAUAUAGUGGAAGGAAGCGUGAGGAUCACCAUAGGAGAAGAGUUGCGGCAAAGAUUGAUGGUGAUAGAGGAAUUUAGCGUUCCCUCUAAAUGGAUAAAAAAAGUUGUCGGGAAACGAAAGAGCGAUAUCCUGAGCGAGCGACGGCGCCUUCGCGAACUGGAUCCGGAUUCACGCGCAGAGUUCCUGGGGUGGAGCGGCGCGGAGGCGGCGGCGGCCACGGCGGAGGCGAGCCGGGCGGACAGCGACGACGACGGGUUCUUCGAGCAGAGCUCGGUGGGGUCGGACGCGUCGGCCGAGGCGGCGGGCUGGCGCGCGCGCGUGCUGGCGCGGGCGGCGGCGGGCGCGCGCGCGCUGGACGUGCGCGCGCUGGGCGGCGCCGUGCUGGCGCGCCUGUGUCCGCGCCCGCGCCCCUUCCGCGACCUGCUGCGCGACGCCGCCGCCGCGCCCGCCGACGUGUCGCGCGUCUUCCUCGCCACGCUCUUCCUGGCGAACGCGGGCAACGUGGAAGUGUUGCCGGGGCCGCCGCUGUCGCUGGACAGCUUCUCGCUGCGCCUGGUGUCGGCCGAGCCGCGCCUGGCGGCCGCCGACGUGGCGGAGCUGGCGUGCUGAGCAGGCGCUGGCGUGCUGAGCCGGCACUCGCACACUUCACGCUCAUUUGUCUAAAGAACUCUGCGAAGCAUCGAGGUGUUCAGCCCAAUACAAAAAUGAAACCCGGCUCGUACGCGGCAGUGACGCAUGCGGUCGCGGUGUGGCCCACUGCCGCCGGCUGCUCAGCAGACUGGUGUCUCCUGGACAGUGGGCAGCCGCGACGGUCUGCCGCCGGCUGGUCAGCAGACUGGUGUCUCCUGGACAGUGAGCAGCCGCGACGGUCUGCCGCCGGCUGCUCAGCAGACUGGUGUCUCCUGGACAGUGGGCAGCCGCGACGGUCUGCCGCCGGCUGGUCAGCAGACUGGUGUCUCCUGGACAGUGAGCAGCCGCGACGGUCUGCCGCCGGCUGGUCAGCAGACUGGUGUCUCCUGGACAGUGGGCAGCCGCGACGGUCUGCCGCCGGCUGGUCAGCAGACUGGUGUCUCCUGGACAGUGAGCAGCCGCGACGGUCUGCCGCCGGCUGCUCAGCAGACUGGUGUCUCCUGGACAGUGAGCAGCCGCGACGGUCUGCCGCACAUUCAAUUCAUGUUAUUUUGUAUUCGUCCGACAUAAGUUUGAUUUACUUUUGACAAACGUAUUUCCUUUGCCGUGCCAGCCCGGUGUGCUUAGACCAAGACAUUUAUUUUUAUAUAUGUAUUUACAUAUUUUGGUCUUACACUUUGAUAUUAAUUAUUAUAGCAUCAAUUCAAUAAUUUUAUAAUAAUUUUGUACACUUCAAUCAUGGUCCCAAAAAUAUUAUUAUCAAAUUUUAUUGUAUCACUUAGUUUUAACACGAAUACCUGAUUUGAGUUAAUCUAUGCAUCGUGUAACGUUGAAUGCGCUCAACCUGAAAAUAUGUAGUUUGAUCGGAACUAUGAGCAGAAUCAAUUAAACCACUUUCAAACAUGGGUUACAUUUUUCAAAAAGCUUUUACAUAAUAUUUGCCUUGACUAUAUAUUAAUAUGUCAAUAAGUCAUCACGUCGCGUCGCCGCGUCUUUACAGACGCAAGAAAUAAUCAGAAUUGCCAGUAGAACUUAGUAAUUUAAUUACUCUUUUCUCUUAGAAUCUGCUCAAUUACAUUUAAAAUCGUUUUUGAUGGUUGAGGUUUUGCGCAUUUAAUGUAAGGAGCGUAUUUUUUUUGUAAAUAUAGGCGUUAAGCUAAUGCAUUAACACGAUGGUGUGUAGUAAAUAUGAGUACAAUAAGCAGGCAGUCGUGACGGCCGCGAGUCGGCGCCGACUGACGUGACGCUGCCCGCGCCGCCACACAUAGUAUUAUUGUAGAUCUCGGUUUGUUCAUAAUACCUGUAAAUAACUACAUUUAAUGAAGACACGUGUAAAUAAGAGAACUUUUUUUAUAAUAAAACAUAUAUUUUGUAUAAGUAAAAUAUUAAUGUAAUAUAAUUAUCAUAAUGAUGUCUAUUGUUAUUAUUUUUUUUGUGGUAUCUUGUCAAAUAAAGUGUUUGACUUCUAGCCACAAUAGUUAUUUUCACAUAUGUAUUAUAAUAUGUUAAUAUACAUUAUUAUCAAAUUAUGAAUAUUAUCUACCAACCUUUCUUUUAAAUAAUGCCAAAUAAUGUUGAUAUAUAGAAGCCCAUGUAAGGAUGUUCGAAGGAUUGGGAUAUUGAUUCGAGCGAGACUACACCGCGUGCCGCUGUUAGCACGCGGUGCCUCACUACACAUUUGACGCUUCUUGUGAACUUUUACCUUUUUAUUUAGUACAAUUUAUUUUACGCUAAUACUGGCUACUACAAUAAAAACUAUUUGAAUCAAUGAAGUCAGAUACUAUAUUGUAACUGUACUAUAUUGUACUGUCAUCCACAUUUUAGGACAAAUGUUUCGAACUUUGAAACAAAAUUAUGCCGUCCUUGUAGAUUGUUGCUAGUAACUGUCCAAGUGAAAUGGAUCUCCCUUACUGUAAACUGUACAUUGUAGAAUAACGUAAUCAUUAAUCGUAUGGAUGUAUUCAUGGUCAAAUUGGAUAGUUAGACUUGGAGCAUUUGCACUGCAGUGUCGAAACUGGCAAUGUUGCCAACAUGUAGAGUUAUGUUGCAGUUUAUAAAAAUAUAACGCUUAUGGUAUGUGAUGGAAUAAAUAGUACUUAAAGUAUUAAUACCACUACACUACAUAGCCCAGACGAGACUAGUUCCAUGACGUGCAGUGGACAAUUUAAUGUAUGAUUAUAUUUUAUUAUACUUCCUAGAGUUUCCCGUUUUUCACAUAUGUACCUGGUUUAAAAAUCGAUGGUAUUAUCCAUAUCAGCGAUAUGGAAUAUCCAUAUGAUAUUAUUAGCCGGGAGCGUCUCGUAUUUGCCUUGUAUUGCGAGGGAAGCUUGUAAGUAAAUUAUCUAUUAUCGUAAUAUAUAAUACUAAAAUAUCGUAGAUAUGUUUAAUCGUCACAGAGGCUAUAACUUGUGGUCCGCUUGUAUUAAACCGCUGAGUGUCGGCCGCCGCUCGGGAGGCAACUCACCUCUCCCGGGGCUCAACUCUGCUCAACUCGGCAUUCUGCUACUAAUAUAAGACCUUGUAUUCCAAUGACAUUCGAUUGGUUUGCGAUUGGUCUGCCAUUUGGUCUACACGGUAGUUUGCUCUACAAUCAUAUUGCAAUCGUAAAUAAUUUACAUUAUAAUAUGAUCCAUUAUUGAAUCACAGAAAAGGAUAUAACCGUUUAUUUAUCGUAUUCCGACCUCGGCGUCGAUAAGAUUUUACCGAGAGAUGUCGCUGUUUAGAUAAAUGCUUACUCAGAUGGAGUACAGGGGCCCGAUUCUCCUAAUCUUACUCAAGCGACAUACGAUUCACAUUCGACUAGGAUCCAAUCCCGACUCAAUUACGAUUGAAGCGUAUGUGACACUCCGCUAUAUUUUCUUUGAAAUAAACGUUUUUAUCCUUUUCUGUCAUUCAAUAAUGAAUCAUUUUGUCUGCAAAUGAUUAACGAUUGCAAUAUGAUUGUAGAGCAAACUACCGUAUAGAAUAGACCAAAAUAGCAGACCAAUUGAAUGUCGUUGGAAUACAAUUGAUCUAUUAGUAGCAAAAUGCCCGAUAUGGUUAAACUGCUAUUGCGAUUCAAUUUCUAUUCGAUUUUGACAUUAUUAACUUAGGACAGUGGUUCUUAACCGGUGGUCCGCGGAUCACUGGUGGUCCCUGGAGGCAUUCCAAGUGGUCCGCGAAGCAUUGCUUCGCGACGUAUGUCUAACUUUAUUUUUAACGACUUAUCUAUGCGAACAGGGGUUUUCGAAUGGACGUAUUUAAGAUAUCCAUCUUACUUGUCUAACAGAAAAAAAAAUAUGUUUGGGCUACAUUAUAAGUAACUUUGGCUUUGAGUUUUUUAAAAAUAAUUGAAAUUUCGCGCUCGCUUCGCUCGCGUAUUCAGAGACUAUGUGCCCUCACACUUGCAUUUGUCAACAAACAAAAAGUUAAGUACGUUUGGGCCACAUUUUACGUAAUUUUUUGUUUGAGUCCGAAAAAAAUUUCGCGGUCGCUUCGCUCGCGCUUUUGGAAACUGCAUAUAAACAAUUGUUUAUCACAAAAAUCACAUUACAUUAAAAUCUGUAAAUUUUUGUUUUUAGCUAAAUAAUUAAGAAAUGAGUGCUAAUUUUAAAGUGUGCUUGUAUUCUUUAUCAAAGAACCCUCAAUUUAGCUAAACCAAUGUGGUGGUCCCCGGCAAGACAAAAAGGUUAAGAACCACUGACUUAGGAGAAUCGGGCCUCUGUUCUGUAUUGAAUGAUCAGAGCUAUGUGCAUAAUUUUUAUCCAGCGAGGGAUGCUAUCUACUACACAAAUAAUAUGUAAUAUGGUGAUUUUUUAAAUAUGGUGUAUGUAAAUUGGGAAAAGUAAUGAAUGGACAGAUGUGACAGAGGACUUGUUUUAUAAUUGAAGUAAUGGUGAAUAUAUUCAAAAUAGCUAAUUUUUGUAAUCCCUUUUUAUGUAAAAAGUAAUAGGUAUACAUUUAUAAGACCUACAUUGAAUAUGUAUUUUCUUUUAGAUAAUGAUUUAUGUGUCGUAGGUAAUGUAUUUACCUUUGCUCAAUGUAUGGUAAAAGGACGAGCGAGCUGUCGUGUAGUGGCGCGUCACUCCGCCUGCUGGUCGUAGCACACGGAAGCCGGAGGCUGGUGCCUUGUGGUGGCGCGGCGCAGUGCUCUACGCCUUACUUUACAUAUUAGGUUUAAUUCGCAGCCAUCAAUAGCGACCGGCAUAGUCACUUGAUAUACAUAUACUAAUAAUUAAAAAUCCAAUUGUUAUUUGGCUAACAAAUAAAAAUAAUUGUUAUUUUA